AUGAAGUUCACCACACUCGCCGUCACCACGCUAGUCGCCGUCGCGUCCGCCGCGUUCGCCAACGACUACCAGCCGGCUCUCAGAGCUCUCGCCGUGCCCGAACCUGUCGCUCCUGUCGCUGCGGAGCACAACGUGCAGCAACCCGCCUCGCCCACUGCUUCUGUCGACGCUACCGGCAAGGAGGCCACGCAUGCCGACAACAAAGACGGCGACGAGAAGAAGAAGAAGGAAUGGGGCGGCGGCGGGUUCGGAUGGGGAGGCCCGUGGGGAGGCUGCGGUAAUUGGGGUCGCUGCGGCGGAUGGGGUGGCUGGGGUGGCUUCGGCGGCUGGAAAUGCUGGCGGAAGGAGGAAAAGCUUCGACUUGAGACGCAGCGUAAGGAGUACGACGAGGCUGUCAAAGAGCAGAACAGGUUACGGGAGCAAGAGAAUGCGUUGAAAGAAGCCUGUGCGAAGAUGAAGAAGACGGAGCCCGAGGUGGGGCGCGUGGUUCGAGCGAUAUCUCCGCAACGCCAGACGAGACGAAAAGAGGCGAGCGAACAGCUACAUGGCCAACGAUCUGAGCUCCAACAACGCCAGGGAGACUUCCGCGUGUUCAGUGAUAAAUGCAAGCAAGGCCAGCAUGGAGAGCUUGACAAACUGGAGCGCCAAGUCCAAGCGCUGAGUGAUUCAAUCGCCCAAACAAAGCAGCGAGAGGAUACAGCAGUUCAGGCGUCGGCAGAUCUGGUACCGCAGAUGCAGAGUGCGCAGACGAAUCUGAGUCCGAAUGAGGUUGGAAAGCGCCAAAUCCAAGACAAUAUCGACUACCGUGAGCUCCAAAAGCAGCUGGAGAAGAUGCGCGCUGAGGUCGCAGAUCUCCAGAAUCAUAUCGGCAAGUUACCGUCGCUGGACGACGUGAACGAUCGAGUUGAAUCGGCGGAUGCGGCGUUGAGCUCUGCGGAACACUCGGCCUCCGUGAUGGUGGGAAAGAGACAACAGUUGCUGGAGGAACUUCGCGUGCAGAAGGCCAAGCUCCGUGUCCCGACUUUGAAGGACGUCGAAGAGAAGUACCGACACAAGUUGAUCUAG